AUGGCUGCAGAUGAUCAAGAUUUAAAAAGCAUCGAUUUUGAUCAUGAUUGGAAAUGUUAUUGCCAACAAUUAAAUGAUGAUAUUAAUGUUAAAACUAUCGUUACAACUGCAAAUAACAUUCAUACAAAUCAGUGUUGGUCUUCAGUCGAAUUACCGCAUAGAAUUGAUAUUGGAGACGACGAUAAACAGUCAUAUAAGUGGUGGUAUUAUAAAAAAUUUGAUUGGACAUCAACUAAGCAAAGAUCGAAACAGCAAUUGCAUCUUAAGUUUGAACCAUCCAGCGAUGAUGAUGAUGAUCAAAAAUUUACUAUCGAUGCUGUUAUAUGGUUGAAUGGUACGCAAAUCUUUUCAGGUUCAUUGACAUUACUAAACGAUCCCAUAGAGUUACCUUCGAACUUGUUACACAAUGAAAAUAUGUAUGAUAAUAGUUUGGUGAUUUUUUGUCCAAAUACAAGCCUUUAUCUUCAUUCUUGUCUACUUGUCUAUGGUAAAAUUAUCUAUGCUAUCGGACAAGUAAUGAUGGAUGAGAACAAUUUUGAUAAAUAUCAAAAUUCAGAUAAAAAGUCUAAGGAUAUUCUGGAUUAUAAAGUUAGUGUUGAUGAUGCCGAUGGACGUAUUGAUGUCGUGUUCAAUCCGAAACGAAAAUUUAAGACUUUAGCAGUAUCGUCAUCAUUAAAAUAUUCAUCUCAAACUGUCAUUUAUCAAAAUCAAACAAAUGAACUUAACGAGAAUGUCGACGAUGAUCUUCUUGUGCCUCGUCUAGCUAUAGUCAUAUUAAUUGUUGGUACUAGAGGUGAUGUACAACCAUUUAUUGCACUUGGUCAAGCACUUCGUGUAAUUGGCCAUCGUGUGCGCUUAGCAACACAUGAAACGUUCCGAUCGUUUGUUCGUGGUAAUGGCCUGGAAUUUUAUCCGUUAGCUGGUGAUCCAGCUGAUCUAAUGUCAUUUAUGGUGAAAAAUGCUGGCAUAAUUCCGUCAUUAAGUAGUAUUAUUGAAGGUGAUGUAGGAAAAAACCGUCGUUCUGUUGCCGAUAUUCUUGAUUCCACAUGGAAAGCAUGUACAGCCGAUGAUGAUGAAACCAAUGCACCAUUUACAGCUGAAGCAAUCAUUGCAAAUCCACCUUCGUUUGGUCAUAUUCAUUGUGCAGAAAAAUUAGAAAUUCCCUUACAUAUUAUGUUUACAAUGCCUUGGUCACCAACAGCUGCUUUUCCACAUCCACUAGCGAAUAUUGAAAGUUCAAUCGGACCCAAGAAUAAGAUUAAUUUGUAUUCAUAUGAUGUAAUUGAAAUGUUGACUUGGACGGGUUUGCGCAAUAUUAUAAAUAAUUUUCGUACGCAAACGUUAGGACUUGGAGAACUACAUACUCGUCAAGCAACCAACGCAUUAAUUGAUGAACAUGUGCCACACACUUAUUGUUGGUCGUCAUCACUUGUUCCAAAACCUAAAGACUGGGGACCACAUAUUGAUGUUGCUGGCUUUUUCUUUCUCGAUCUUGGCACUACUUAUACUAAUCCACCAAAGGAUUUACUUGAAUUUCUGGGAAUCAAAAAUGAUGGCGAUCAUGCCGAUCGUCAAGUAUCACAACCGAUCUAUGUUGGAUUUGGUUCUAUUACAGGUCAUGAUUCUCGUCGUAUUCUUCAAAUUGUGAUUGAUGCUAUUCGUAUAACUGGCUAUCGAGCUCUAUUGUCUGGCCUUGCUACGGAUGCAGACCAACUGCCUCCUAGUAUACUCAAAAUUGGUAAUGUACCGCAUGACUGGCUUUUUCAAUAUGUGUCAGCUGUAUGCCAUCAUGGUGGCGCAGGUACAACAGCAGCAGGUCUACGCGUUGGUAAACCAACGAUUAUUGUGCCAUUUUUUGGCGAUCAAUUUUUUUGGGGUAGUGAGGUAGAAAAAAGCGGCGCUGGACCAGCGCCACUUCCUGGAAAAUCGAUAACCGCCAAACAGUUAGCUGAAGCAUUCCAUUUUGCUCAUAGACCAACAACACGUGCUGCUGCAGAACGCAUUUGCAAUGCUAUUUCACAAGACGAUGGUUGUGCAGCUGCAGUUCAUUCAUUUCAUGCUAAUCUACCAUUGACAUAUAUGCACAGUGAUUUAGAACCAACAUAUGCUGCUUGCUAUCGUUUGGAUAAAUAUAAUAUACAAAUAUCACGUCCGAUUGCUCAAGUACUUGUAGCAGCAGGUGCUAUACAAGAAUCUGAACUGCGUCGUCACGCCACACGAAAAUGGGAGUUCAUGCAUGAUAAUCGCAUGCCUUUACUUACUUAUGGGAUUAUUGAACACUCGCAAAAAGCUUUCUCAAGUAUGUUCACCGAUACUGUUGCAGAGCUAAGACGUGUCGCCCAUCAAGGCAGUGGAACGAUUCGAACGAUUGAUGUUGCCGGAAGCGUUGUGAAAGGUUUCGGUUUAGGUAUAGGCCAUCUAACAAUUGGAUGUCUAUCAUUAUACGGUGAAAUAACUGAUGCUCUCGAUUGUGUGGCGUCACUUUACGAUCCAUAUAGUAAUCCAAAAAUACGCCAACGACCUCAAGUUACAGAUUUCAAAUCGGGUGCUAAAGCCGCUGGUAUUUCAUUAUUGGACGGUUGGAGAGAUGGUGUCACAGGUAUUGUAAGGGAGCCACGUAUCGGCUACGAACGUCAUGGAGUACUAGGCGGUGCAGCUGGGUCAUUACUAGCUACGGUUCAUAUUGCAAUAAAACCUGCAGUUGGCACACUCUCAUCCAUAACUUGGUUAAGUCGCGGUACUUACGCUAGUGUAAAAAAAGCAAUUGAAACCUAUAGGAAUGAAGGAAGGCAUAUUUCAACAGAAUUAUUUGACACAGCAUCUUCGAUCAGCGACGAUGGACAGUAUCAUGAAAAAGAAAACGAUGAGAUUUCAGCAGCUGUUAACAUGGCAGCAGCUAGAUCAGGGUUUCACCCAAAAGUAUGUCAACAUAUUCUUCGUGAAUUUGAAAAAAUUAAAAUGGGAAAACAACAAAAACGAUCCUCCUUAGAUAAAGAAAAAAUGAACUAA